AACACUGAGCAUUGAUUUAUUCAUCGGACAAACCUACAAAUCCGUGAAGGUUAGGAGAUUUGUCCGCGACAGGUUUGUSAGUCUGCACGAUAGAAAUGACUCAGAGUUAUAUAGUCGAUAGCUUGGAAGAAGCUCAAAAAUUCAUCGAAAAAUGGGAAGCUAARGAAGGAAGAAAGCUGAAGUGUAUGAGAAUGCAGAAGGGUUUCGGCAAUUCGAGUAUAUUUGACAAGCCGCACCGUGUCCAAUGGGGAAUCGARGGUUUAGAAAACGAUUUAAUACCACAUUUGGUAUUAGCGAACAAGGUUCUUGGCUGCAGUGACAAGAAGGAAAAGAAAAAGGGCGGGACUGCCAAAAUCAUCAUCAGAGAAAUCAUGAAAUUUCCAAAGUACAAACUGAAUAAAGACACAGAAAAAAGAAGAAGAACUAUGUCUGAAAAGCUAAGAAGAGACAUGAAGGAGCACAAAGAUGAGGGAAGAAGGCUGUUUUGGGUGUACUUUCCAACGCAGCAAUGUCAUACAACGUCUAUGGUCAGUGUUGAAGGUCCAUCUACUUCRGAUACUAGAAAAAAGAGAAAAUUACAAGAUGACGACAUAGAAAUUAUAGAACCAGACAAARUGAUGACCAAGCGCAACAUGACUUCCGGACAGAACACUCUAUCAAAUCAAUCUAUGGUCCGUGUUGGUGAAACUCCAUGUACAUCAGAUGCUGCUUCCAUGGAAGACUCAAGAAUAAGAGGAGACAGAAAUCAUCGACUUCGCAGGCUAGUAACGAGGUCUUGGGAUCAGGGAUCAGCGUCAUUUUUUGGACUAUUUUGGGAUCAGGGAUCAGGAUUUAGGCUKAGGAUCYGGAUCAAAUGGAUUUAACCUGGGAUCAAAGGUUUUUCAACUGGGAUCGGGAUCAAUGAUAUUUUUCAACGAUUCUGUAARGGGAUCAGGGAUCAAAAUGUACGGAGUUUUGGGAUCGGGAUCACGUUUUUAGGCCGUUUUGAUCCGGAUCAACAGCAAAAAAAUAUACCUCGUUACUAGCCUGGACUUCGACUUCRACUUCGACUUCGAGUUACAAAAUAAAAAUAUAACAGACCUUUGGAAGGAGAUUCCCACUUCCUGAUAAAUAUUGUGCAGUCCCUACCUAAGCUAUAAAUAAACCAAAUUAUCAUUUUGAGAAAUAAAUAACAUUUUUCAGAAUUGGAAUGAAGUAAAAAAAAACUGUCAAAUAGAUAUUACCGGUAGUACAGUGCCUAUACUAUGACAUCAUGAAAUAAAAUUUAAAUAGUUUAUACUAACAAAUAGUUUUAGUCGACUGCAACAGUCUUAGUAACAUACAUGAACAUACAUUCUGCACACUUGAGAAAUCGAAUCACUUCCAGGCACCAUGUUUUGCAAGCAUGAAAGUCUUUAUUUUUUACUCGCACAUGGGACUCCCCAAGCAUGUAUGCACAGGGAGCCCAUCACAUAACAGAAACAAUACCUCAUUACAACUGUUCCAGUUGAGUGAUAGCAACUAAUAGUCACUAAAUUGAAGAACUAUUAGGAUAACUAUUUAGAUGUUUUUAUUUCAUGGACAUAG